AUGCGCUCGGCUUCUCCGGUUUUCGAAAUCAAAGCCGCAGAGGAUCACGACCCUCUUGGCCGUCGAGACGUCAUCAGCCUCCAGAACUGGGAGGAACCCAUCUCCGCGGCCGCAGCCUCCCCGCCGGCCUGUGGUGAUUUUGUGGCGGCAGCCCCCGCGGACAGGUACACCGAGACGUCUGAAACGGCCGAGGAUGCGUUUGACUCGGAGCCGAAGAUCAAAAAGCUGGAGCCGGUCCUGCUGCCAGGAGAAAUUGUCGUGAAUGAAGUCAGUUUUGUGAGGAAAUGCAUCGCCACGGACACGAGUCAGUACGACCUGUGGGGAAAGCUGAUCUGCAGCAACUUCAAAAUUUCCUUCAUUACGGACGACCCAAUGCCAUUGCAGAAAUUCCAUUACAGAAACCUUCUUCUUGGUGAACAUGAUGUCCCUUUAACGUGUAUUGAGCAAAUCGUCACAGUCAACGACCACAAGAGGAAGCAGAAAGUCCUGGGCCCCAACCAGAAGCUGAAGUUCAAUCCGACCGAGUUAAUCAUUUACUGUAAAGACUUCAGGAUCGUCCGAUUCCGCUUUGAUGAAUCCGGCCCUGAAAGUGCCAAAAAGGUGUGCCUUGCCAUAGCUCAUUAUUCCCAGCCAACAGACCUCCAGCUACUCUUUGCAUUUGAAUAUGUUGGGAAAAAAUACCACAAUUCAGCCAACACACUCAACGGGAUCCCCACGGGCGGUGGCGGCGGGGCCGGGGGUGGCAGCAGCCAGAAGACGCCCCUCUUUGAGACGUACUCCGACUGGGACCGCGAAGUCAAGCGGACGGGCGCCUCCGGGUGGAGGGUCUGCUCCAUCAACGAGGGCUACAUGAUAUCCACGUGCCUUCCGGAGUACUUUGUGGUGCCCAGCUCCUUGGCCGACCAGGACCUGAAGACCUUCUCCCACUCCUUCGUUGGGAGGAGGAUGCCGCUCUGGUGCUGGAGCCACUCGAACGGCAGUGCUCUCGUGCGGACGGCCCUCAUCAAGGACCUGCUGCAGCAGCGGAAGAUCGAUCAGAGGAUUUGCAACGCGAUAACCAAGAGUCACCCGCAGAGGAGUGAUGUCUGUAAGUCAGAUCUGGAUAAGACCCUGCCCAACAUCCAAGACAUACAAGUGGCUUUUGUGAAGCUUAAACAGCUAUGUGUUAAUGAGCCCUUUGAAGAGACUGAAGAGAGGUGGCUGUCCUCACUGGAAGGUACUCGGUGGCUGGAAUAUGUGAGGGCAUUCCUGAAACAUUCAGCAGAACUUGUGUACACGCUAGAAAGCAGGCGAGUCUCUGUCGUCCUCCAAGAGGAGGAGGGAAGAGACUUGAGCUGCGUUGUUGCGUCCCUUGUGCAAGUGAUGCUGGAUCCCUACUUCCGGACAAUCCCUGGGUUCCAGAGUCUGAUCCAGAAGGAGUGGGUGAUGUCGGGGUACCAGUUCCUGGACAGGUGCAACCACCUGAAGAGGUCGGAGAAGGAGUCUCCGCUGUUCCUGCUGUUCCUGGACGCCACCUGGCAGCUGCUGGACCAAUACCCGGCCGCCUUCGAGUUCUCCGAGACCUACCUGGCCGUGCUGGGCGACAGCACCCGCAUCUCCCUGUUCGGCACCUUCCUGUUCAACUCGCCGCACCAGCGGGUGAAGCAGAGCACGGAAUUUGCUAUAAGCAAAAAUAUCCAGUUGGGUGAUGAAAAGGGUUUAAAAUUCCCCUCGGUGUGGGACUGGUCUCUCCAGUUCACCGCGAAGGACCGCACCCUCUUCCACAACCCCCUGUACAUCGGGAGGAGCACGCCCUGCGUGCGGAACAGCUCCGUGAAGGCCUUCAAACGGACGAAGAAGAACUACAGCUCCACCCUGCGGGGGAUGCCGGCCUCGCUCAGGAACGGACUCCUCAGUGACCAGGAAUCACUCCCGCGGAGGAACUCCCUGAUCUUACAAGUGAGGCCGGACCCGCCUCCGCACGCCCAGGGCCAGGAUGGCGGCCUGGAGCAGUUCUUCCGGGAGUGGCGGUGCAAACCGGCCGACCUGCACGGCGUGCUCCUGCCCCAUCUGUCGGCCACGCACAUAAAGCUCUGGAAACUGUGCUACUUCCGCUGGGUCCCCGAGGCCCAGAUCAAUCGUGGGGGCUUCGUCACCGCCUUCCACCGGCUCUCGCUGCUGGCCGACGAGGUGGACGUGCUGAGCAGGACGCUGCGGCAGCACCGGGCCGGCCCGCUGGAGGCCUGCUACGCGGAGCUGGACCAGAGCCGGAUGUACUUCCGGGCCCGCGGCCCGCACGACACCUCGGGGACGCCGGAGUUCCUCUCCUCCUCCUUUCCCUUCUCCCCCGUCGGCAACCUCUGCAGGCGAAGCAUUUCGGGGACACCACUGAGCAAGUUUCUAAGCGGGGCCAAAAUCUGGCUGUCUACGGAGACACUGGCAAACGAAGACUAAAAAGUAUUUUCUGAACAUUCUGAGGAGCUAGGAACGUUUUUCCUCUGAAUUAAGUCGCUAAUCUAGGCAUUUGAAGCCCUAAUAAUUGUAUAUGUGAGAAUAACCGUUGAGAUUUGCACUAAUGUUGAAGAACAUGCCGAGUCGUGCUUCCCUCACUGUUUUUAGGAGACAGGCGUACAUUUUGGUCUCGAUGUCCUUUUUCUGUCGUCCUAGGUCCGGCUCACCUGCUGCUUCGCAGGCAGGCAUUCCACACUUACUACUGUGAUCACAUGAACCAGGUUUUGUCCGCACCCACUCCCCCGGCUGCCUGGUGAGGGGUACCUGAUCCUCAGAUGAGCAACCCAGAGCAGCACAGGUCAGGAGAGCAUGAAGUCAGUGUGUAGCCGACGUUCAGGGAACAGCGCUAACCCCAGCCGGCGUCCGUAGGUAUCGGUGUCUUUUUCUGGUCACUUUGUCGUCUCUGGUUGGACUCACCGGGGUCAGUGUCCAGCACUGUAACUUACUCCAUCACUUUGGGACCGUAGAUCACUGUGUCUUAGUCGGGCGUUUGCCCGCACCUUCUUAGGACUAACCUUAAAACGAUACGCACUGUGAACUCUAAGAAGCAUUUGCUGUAGAUAAGAUAACGGACCUUAGAAGUGAAGUGCCUUUGACGCUAACAUGAAGGUCUGAACACCACAGUUCGAUGUCACUUGUUUGUGCAGUUAGGGGGUUCAGAUCCCACUGCAUAUUGGAACAGGCUUCUCACCCCGAGUUCGUGCCGACAGGCAUGAGCCCUGAAGCCACGUUCCGUCCCCCCGCAGUCCCCGAGGACACAGCAGGUCUGUGGGGCCCAGGCCUGGGGGGAGGGGCCGGCGCCAUCCACAGAGCCACCCCCAGAAGGAGGGCUGUCCCCCCGUGUGUCCAGUGUGGUCCACUGUUGGCACUUUCUCUGGGAAAUAACUCAUGGGGUCACACAAGUCCCUCCUCAGACAAAGUCCUUUUUUAUUUUUAAUAUUUUAAAAUUAAUUUCAGAGAAGAAGGGAGAGAGAGCAAAACAUCAAUGAUGAAAAUCAUUGAUCGGCUGCCUCCUGCACACCCCCCAUUGGGGAUCGAGCCCGCAAGCCAGGCACGUGCCCUUGACUGGAAUCGAACCCGGGACCCUUCGGUCCGCAGGCCAACGCUCUAUCCACUGAGCCAAACCAGCCAGGGUUCAGACAAAGUUUGUAAACACUUAGGAGUAGAGAACAAGAGAAAUAAAAAUGUCUACUCAGAAUCCUGCCAUUUUAGUAAAUGGCAAGAGGCCUCUACACCACCCCCCGCCCCUUCUUCUGACAGCAGUAUCCAGAGGGGACGGGCGGAGGUGCAUCAUUGGUCUAAAGCGCCCGCGCGAGAGCCAAAGCCGAGUGGUCAGAGCCCCGCUCACGCAGGCGGGGACGUCAGCACCAGGCCCCCAGCACCCUCAUUCCGCUCAAAGGAUGAAUGUUUCCAAGUUUGGCUGUUACUUUGUUCAAACUGCCGUCCUGAGCUUUUACACAUUUUUUAUAGAACAGCGUUUAGUUAGCUUAUUUCCUUUUCUAAAACAGGUCUUUUCAAAAGUCUGUUUUACCUUUUACGUCACGAAUAGGCGUUUCUAUUGGAUUACCUGCCUUUUAUAAAUUGUUAGGUAAUGUGUCUGGAAUCAAAGGGACAGAAGUUCCUCCAGUGUCGUAGGAGACUCGUGGACACACCCAGUGUUCCUGCGGUUCGCUGCCGAGAGAAAAGGGCUUUUCUCCGUGGACAUAAAUACAGUCACUGCCAUUAAACACUUCGUAGUCCUGGUUGGGAGGCUGCCCCAGCGCCUGCAGGACACCGCGAACGCCCUGCCGUGGGCGCGUCCUGACUCCCCCGUCCUGAAGCUGCUUCCUUACGGUGACAGAGCGCGAACUUGUUCCCGUGGCGAGGGCUCCGGCGUCCACCUCUCGUUUUCUCCCCUUCACACAUUUACCCCAACUCCCUCAGUCAUGUUUUGAUUUGCAACUUAACAACUAGGUACUGUUAACACUGUUUCAGAGAGGAAAUGUGCGUCCGUUUGUGUGAUAAUCAAGUGUAAAGUGUGGUUUUCCAUUGUAUUUUGCGGGACAGUUGUUGUGUCAUGAUUAUUGUGCCACAGCUCACUGGGCAUAAUAUGAAGAACAACUAACUAGCAGCCUCAGUCCUGGCCCUCGCGCGGCCUGGCACCUCGGAGCACCGCGGACGGGCGACAGGGCCCCGGGGUGCCGUGCGCCGUGCCAACGCGCUCCCCCCUCGGCCCGCAGCCCUGCGUGCGAAGCCUGGGCCGCGCUGUCACCAGCCUGGACUUCCUGGUAGGAACUUAGAGAUGUACAAUGUCUUACUGUUACUUCAUGAUGAAACCAAUUUUAAAACCAAAAAUGUCUAACUUUAUUUAAGAGAAGUAUAUUAACCGGGCUAACGGGUGGGACCAUCGUGCACACCCGUCAGCGGCCGGCCUGCUGCAGCCGUAACACAAGCAGCUGAACUGAACUUAGAGAAGGCGCACCCCUUUGUGCCUGGAGUGGACUGACUUGAGGUGAAGUAGAGGAGCAGGAAGGGAGGCCUGUGCAACAGGACGAAUGUGAGGGGAGUUCCGACUGCGAAUAAACUCCACAGAACUGCU